GCGGCUAGCACUACGCAUGCGUCUUGGCGGCUGGGUUCCCUUGCCUAGGGAUGGAAGAUGAGUAAGAAAACUGAGGACCAGAGAGGGAAGGUGGCUUGCCCAAAGUUGAACAGCAAAAUGGAUAUCCCAAAUUCCCCUACUUCUAAAUGCAUUACUUAUUGGAAGAGAAAAGUUAAGUCUGAGUACAUGCGACUUCGACAGCUCAAACGGUUUCAGGCAAAUAUGGGUGCAAAGGCUCUGUUUGUGGCCAAUUUUGCAAAAGUUCAAGAAAAAACUCAGAUACUCAAUGAAGACUGGAAGAAGCUCCGAAUCCAGCCUGUUCAAUUGAUGAAGCCUGUGAGUGGGCAUCCUUUCCUCAAAAAGUGUACUGUAGAAAGCAAUUUCCCAGGAUUUGACAGCCAGGAUAUGUUAAUGAGAUCUCUGAAUACAGUUGCCCUGGUGCCCAUCAUGUAUUCCUGGUCUCCACUCCAGCAAAAUUUCAUGGUAGAAGAUGAGACCGUUCUGUGCAAUAUUCCCUAUAUGGGAGAUGAGGUUAAAGAAGAAGAUGAAACUUUCAUUGAAGAACUGAUCAAUAACUAUGAUGGGAAAGUUCAUGGGGAAGAAGAGAUGAUCCCAGGUUCUGUCCUGAUCAGUGAUGCUGUGUUCCUGGAGUUGGUAGAUGCCCUGAAUCAGUACUCAGAUGAGGAAGAAGAGGGGCACAACAAUGACUCUUCUGAAGGGAAACAGGAAGACAGCAAGGAAGAGUUGCCAGUCCUUAGGAAGAGAAAACGACUCACCAUUGAAGGCAACAAAAAGAGUUCCAAGAAACAAUUUCCAAAUGACAUGAUCUUCAGCGCCAUUUCUUCCAUGUUUCCUGAGAAUGGUGUUCCAGAUGAUAUGAAAGAGAGGUAUCGAGAACUCACAGAAGUGUCAGACCCCAAUGUUUUGCCUCCCCAGUGCACCCCAAACAUCGAUGGCCCCUGUGCCAAGUCUGUGCAGCGAGAACAGUCACUGCAUUCCUUCCACACACUCUUCUGCCGACGCUGCUUCAAAUAUGACUGCUUCCUUCACCCUUUUCAUGCCACUCCUAAUGUAUACAAACGCAAGAACAAAGAAAUCAGGAUUGAGCCAGAUCCAUGUGGAUUGGACUGCUUUCUGUGGCUGGAAGGAGCAAAGGAAUAUGCUAUGCUCCACAAUCCACGCUCCAAGUGCUCUGGUCGUCGAAGACGUCGGCACCAAGUGGUCAAUGCUUCCUCUUCCAACACAUCCACCUCUGCUGUGACUGAGACAAAAGAGGGGGACAGUGACAGGGACACAGGAAAUGACUGGGCCUCCAGCUCUUCAGAGGCCAACUCUAGAUGUCAGACACCCACCAAACAGAAGGCUAGCCCUGCCCCACCUCAGUUAUGUGUAGUGGAAGCACCUCUAGAACCUGUGGAAUGGACUGGGGCUGAGGAGUCCCUCUUCAGAGUGUUCCAUGGUACCUACUUCAACAACUUCUGUUCAAUAGCCAGGCUCCUGGGAACUAAAACGUGCAAGCAGGUCUUUCAGUUUGCAGUCAAAGAGUCACUUAUCCUGAAGUUGCCAACAAAUGAGCUCAUGAACCCCUCGCAGAAGAAGAAAAGAAAACACAGGCUAUGGGCUGCACACUGCAGGAAGAUUCAGCUCAAGAAAGAUAACUCCGCCACACAGGUGUACAACUACCAACCCUGUGACCAUCCAGACCGUCCCUGCGACAGCACCUGCCCCUGCAUCAUGACCCAGAAUUUCUGUGAGAAGUUCUGCCAGUGCAACCCAGACUGUCAAAACCGAUUCCCAGGCUGCCGCUGCAAGACCCAGUGUAACACCAAACAGUGUCCCUGCUACCUCGCUGUUCGGGAAUGUGAUCCUGAUCUGUGUCUCACCUGUGGGGCCUCAGAGCACUGGGACUGCAAGGUGGUCUCCUGCAAAAAUUGCAGCAUCCAGCGUGGUCUUAAGAAGCACCUGCUGCUGGCCCCCUCAGAUGUGGCUGGAUGGGGCACCUUCAUCAAGGAGUCUGUACAGAAGAAUGAAUUCAUAUCUGAAUAUUGUGGUGAGCUUAUCUCUCAGGAUGAGGCCGACCGACGGGGAAAGGUCUAUGACAAGUACAUGUCCAGCUUUCUCUUCAACCUCAAUAAUGAUUUUGUGGUAGAUGCCACCCGGAAAGGAAAUAAAAUUCGAUUUGCAAACCACUCAGUGAAUCCCAAUUGCUAUGCCAAAGUGGUGAUGGUGAAUGGAGAUCAUCGGAUUGGAAUCUUUGCCAAAAGAGCAAUUCAGGCUGGGGAAGAGCUCUUCUUCGAUUACAGGUACAGUCAAGCUGACGCCCUCAAGUAUGUGGGAAUUGAGAGGGAGACAGAUGUCCUCUAGUCUUCCUGUGCCCCAACCUCCAGUACCUCUAGCAGCGCUGCCUCUGCUUUUGUGCUCACAUCAUGGCUGCUUCAGUCUCCUGCACUGUCUUCUACACCCAGAAACCCUCUCUUCUUACCCCUUCUGUAGUGAAGCCUAAGCUAUAGGCGAUGGGGGAGAAGUUCUUUGUCUCAGAGUGAAAUCAGGGAGCAUUUAGGGCUUGGAUUCUCAGGAAAGAGAGAGACAAAGGCAGGGAGGAGGGGGAGUAUGUCCUCCCAGCUCAGAGGCAAACAGUAAAGGUUAGGGGCUGAUAUCUGAUAACUUGGUUUCCUGUUAGCUCCCUGUGCUGGGGGCCAGACCCAGGGCAGUAUCUAUGGGGACUAAAAAGUCAGCAAAUGCACUUUCUUAUCUUAGAUCCCUAAAUCAAGAUCUUUCAUGUAGUUCCUGGCCCCAUCCGUGACCCUGGAACCUGGAAGGGCCGGUAGCAAUGAAUGGGAUUGGGAACCGGAGUUAUUGGCAUGUGAGUUCAUGGCAAAGUAUGUCCUGACAGCAUAGAUUGAAUUUAAGUAGGGGGUUGAGUCUUCUCACUCCUUCUUUAACUUUCUUCUCUAUUGCCUAGUGUCAGAGGCUUGCUAAAUCUGACCAAUAGUCCAGUUGCCAACAAGAACAUAUUGCUACUUUGACUAGUUAUGCAGGACGUGAGAGGGCCUGUAUUCACUUUUUUGCUAUUUGGGGAAGGAGAACUGUGCUAAAAGCAGGAGCUAAGAUCUCAGGGCUUGAAGACAGGAGCCUUUGAAGAAAGUUUUGUCCAUGCAGAUGGACUGGUAUUUUCAGAUUUCCAGGAAGGAAUAUAAGGUCCCCUGCUACCUCCUGUCAGGCUCUUAGAGGUGUCAUGCUGCUGAAAUGGUGAACAGAGGCAUGGGUGUGGGUGUGUGAGUGUAUGUGUAUGUAUGGGCAUGGGUGUGUGGGGGGUGUCUUGGUUACUUAUUUUGUUCUAGUUUCCUUCUCCUUUCUGUCCCUCCUCCCCCAGACCACACUAAAAGGGCCAGGGUCAAGUAUUUCGUCGGGGGGAAGGCCCAGAUACAGGUUGGGGGUAGGGGAAGAGGAUACAGAGGAUGCAGAUAUAAUUUGCUUUCCUGAUUCUGGCACCUUCUGUUUGGUAUUGGUAGAUUUGUAGGGGGUGGGAUGGGGUUUAACAUGCAUGUGUGUAGAGGUGACCAUACAUGUUAAUUAUAAACUGGCAAUGCAUGGAUGUGGGGCUACUGGAUCUUCUGCCGCUUUUCAGUAUGGAGGCGGCUGGGUCCUCUCUAAGGAAACUUGCCAGCAAAGCACUUUAACUGUUUCCUUUAGAAGACCUGAAGGGUGGGUAUAAGAAUUAAGCCGUGGUCCCUGGGAUCCCACCCCAACCCUAGUUUCUGAGGAAAGGAAAAUUGCUUUCCUUCCAUCCAGUAUCCCUGGGGGAGCGAAGAGUAUCGGUGUUGACAGAGGGGUCUAGUCAUGGUGAGAAUGGGGCCAACCAAGCAGCCCCAUGUUUGGCAGGUUUGCUGAGCUGGCAGGGAGCUGGGGAGUGCCUGUGCUUAGGUGGAAAGGACAAGAGCAAGUCCGGGCUGGCCGUGGGAGUGUCUGGAACAAGGGUGCAAGGCUUUACCCUGUCUCUUUAGGGAGUGAGUGCCUUUCUUCUUGAUCUGGGCUGAUCAUCCUCUGCCUGUCCUUAUACCCUUAGGUGUGUCACAUUAGGUUAGGGUGGAGUUCCUUCGAGGCCAUGUUAGCCGAGGGCUACCAUCCUUCCCAUGGGGAUUUCUCAAAGAAGUUUCCCAGCCAGUUCAGCUGGCCAUCUGCCCCCUUUUCUUAUCCCCUUCUCCAGCUGCUCCUCAGACAUUCCUAGCCAGCUCUUGGCAGGGGCCAGCUGUUUAGCCAGCCAGCCUCAGCAGUGAUUCUUAAGUCUACCCCUGCUGUGUGAUGAAGGGAACACUCCCUUUCCCACUGCCACAGACUGCUAUGGGCACUGAAUUGCUCAUAGAUUAGAAGGGAAAACCAGAGACAUUUGGCAAAAGUUCAGAAAGCCUGAACAGCUCAACUUUUUUGUUGUUUUGGAGUGGGUUUUGGGGGGCGAUGAGGGGUGGUGGUGGUUUCUGGGUCUCUGCAGCCAUAUGGUGGCCACCCCUUCUUCUUGGGGUGGGCUAAGGUUGUUAUGUGCUAGGAUUGGAGGAACUUCUACCACACUUCUUUCAGGCUUUCUCUGGUUUUCAGUCUCUGGGUUUUAUCCCUCUUAUCUUACUCAAUCCUUACAUCCUUAGUGUUCUCUACACCCACAAUCUCUAUUUUAAUUUCCUUCUUAUUGUCAGGAAUGGGUAGGGAGGCUUGAUAUCAGUGUGGCUUUGUUGCCAGUGACUCUCACGCACUUUAAAAUCCUGUGGCUUGUGACCCUUCAUCAGAAUAAAGUGGUAGAAACUA